GUGGAUCUUUCGAGUUGGAAGAGGCCGGUGGUCAAUAGUGUAGAGGAGUGACAGUGACCCAGGCCGUUCCGGUGAAAGAGAGUGUUUUCCCCACAUUUCCAUUGCUAUAUACGGAGCUGACAGUUAGCGUAGAGAAAAUUUUGCGUAGUUGCCCUUCACGGGCAAUUUUUUUCCUGCGGCGCGCUUCUGCCUGUUUACUUUUUCACUCCCUCCUUCGCUCCCAAUUCAACUCUUGACUUCACAUCGCGACAACCUCAACCUCAACCUCACCCUCACCCAUGAGUACCAACAAAAGGCAAAAGUCUUAAAGCCCGCCCAGCACCGUCCUUCUGUUCCUCAAACUGGAGCCCAAGUCCAAGGUCCACCUACAAUGGCGACUCCACUCCAGCGGCAACAACAGGCACAGGCAACCGGCGCAAACGGAGCGCAGCCAGGCGCACGAGGUUUUGCCAUGCCGCAUUUACCUCUGCAUGGACAACAGAGGUACACAUUUCAACAUACAGUUCUCCAACCACCUGCACCGCCGCAGCAGCAACGAUCCUAUCAACUGGCACAGACACAGCCUCAAAUUAAUACGCAGAUAAAUCCUCAGUUACAGGCCCCGGUUCCUACUCAGAUGCAGAUUGGAGCACUGCAACAACGGCAGCAGCCGCAGCAGCAGCAAUGGUCGCAGCAACAACAACAGUGGCGGCAGCAACUACUUCGGCUACAGCAGCAACAACGACGACGACAACAACAACGGCUUCAUCAACAGCCUCCCCAACAGCCGCUGCAACAGGCUCCGCUGCAGCCUGCGCAAGCUCAACACGCUCAACAGCAGGCCUACUAUCGGUAUAUGCAACAACGACAGCAGCAGCAGCAGCAAGUAUUCCUACAGCCUCCCCAACAGCAGCAGUCCCAGCAGCAAGCAUUCCAACAACCUCCCCAACAGCAGCAGUCUCAGCAGCAAACACAGCAAUGCCCACCUCCCCAGCGCCCUCAAUCCGCGCCGAGCGCCGCCUCCGCCCAAAUCCCCACUCAAACUAGGACAGCCAGCACAACACACAGAUACGUACCCGCAACCCCCCACAACCCCAACGAACCGCGCAUCCUCCUCCGCAUCCACGAAGGCCGCCCCACAACAAUCAUCCAUGACCUCUGGAUCCCGCCUCGAGACCCUCUGGGCCCGCACCUCCUCCAACUCUGCGAAUCCCAAGAUCUCCUCUUCCGCUUCGACUGGAACUUCGUAUACUGGCAUCCGAGCCCGCUCCCCACGGACCCAGACAACACCAUCCCCAUUGUCCUGCGCUGGACCGAUACGCCCGGCGGAGUGCAGAUUCCCGGGUCCCAGGGCGGUGUGGUUCCACUGGAGCAUGGGUGCAAGGUGGACAUGGUAAGCUGGAUCCGGGAUGCAAAGUUCGUAGAGCAGAAGGGUCUCGAGCUCGGGCUGGAAGAUUGGGAAAAGGUCUACGUGGUCACUACGAUGCAGAAAUGCAGAAGGGGGCUGCGGAUAGAGCGAUUACAGGAGCAGCAGGAGAUGAAUAAUUGGAUUUCUGAGCUCCAGGUGAAGACGUUGACGAUGGCGCAGAGACUGUCGGCCGCUGAGGUGGAGUUGGCGUGGUUGAAGGAGGCGUAUCAGAUUGUGGUGGGGGAGAAGAAGGGGCUUGAGGAGCGGUUGAGGGUGGCGGAGAUGAUGGAGAGGACGCUGAGGUCGUGGAUACGGGAGCAUGGGGGGUUGGAUGGUCAGACUGCAGAUCCAGUCGUGUUGUCAGCUCCGGCUCCGGCUCCGGGUCUGGCUCCAGUUCAAGACCCAGUGGAACCUCCAGUCCAAACACCAGUCACUGCGUUCCAAGCUCUAGUUCGGCCUGCCGUUCAAGCUCAAGCUGAAGAGGAGGCAAAGGCCCAUCCGCCUCGUCCAACCGUAGAAAGUGUACACGAUUCUGGUGAUGACAGCCGGAGCCAGAGCAGGGAGGAUGGAAGGGGACAUGGGCAGGAGAAUGCGGUGGCGGAUGAGGUGGGGGAUGGCUCCGAGAAAGGAUCGGAAGACGGGUCGGCGGAUGAGAUGGAUAACUAACUGAAUUAGCGUGGUGGGCAUGGUUACAAGGACAACGGAGAUGAUAUGAGAGGGUGUGACUGUAGGUUUUCAUA